GUAUGAUACAACAAAACUGAAGUGUCAUUUUCGAUAUUCUUUGGGUUGCAUUUUUUCAGUUAGAUUCAGGUAAAACAAAACAGAACUCUGACUCUGAAAGUCUCCCAUUCGAGUAGUUUCUUUCUACAUCAAGAAAUUCAAUAACCAGCCUCUCCUUCAUUCUUUGGGUUGCUCCCAUACUGUUCUCAUCAUUCACUAACAUCCCUCUUGUUGUUGCAUCAAGAAAUAGAAUCUUGCGGAUUCAAAAGUUCAUUCUCAAGUGUAAAGCACGCUCCUUUUCAGUCAUAAUCAGUUGAAAGAUUGCUUCUUUCUUGGAUUCCGAGGACGAAGUCACUAUAUUUGAUUUGGGUUCUUGGUGUUUUGUUUUUUAGAUAGUAUACAAGUAGCGCUCUUAGGCACUGUUGUUGAAAGUCCUUUUCAAAGAGACUUAGUAGUGAAGGAUACGUACUUGGAUCUUUAGUAGAGUUUAAAGGGUGUUCUCUUUUGUUUUGGGAGUUUGUAGAAAUCAUUAUAGAGGCGGGGUUUCAGUAAGAGAUUCGUCAAUGGCAACACCAGCUUCGAUUGAGCUCAGAUUCAGGCUACCAGAUGGCAAUGAUAUUGGGCCAAACAACUACACUGAAGCUGCCAAUGUGGCGACUCUUAAAGAGCAUGUAAUUGAGCAAUGGCCAAAAGACAAGGAAAAUGGCCCGAAGACUAUAAAAGACGUGAAGCUUAUAUAUGCUGGACAUGUGCUGGAAAACCAUAGAACACUUGCCGAGUCCAGACUUCCAGUCGGUGAUCGUCUCGCAGGUGUAGUCACCAUACAUGUUGUUCUGCGUCCUCCUGGUACACGUAUAAACAAUGGUGAUCAGCGCAUUGAUGUUGAAUGGCGGGAGGGUUGCUCAUGCUCAAUCUUGUAGUUGCAAGAAGAAAAUAUUCUGAAGCUGCUUCAGUUGGUAUAGGAGCCUUUCAUGUGCAGUGUGUUAGACAGUAGAUGAGGUGCAGUUUAAAAUUUCAGGAACUCCAAAUUUUAAGUGGCUUUAGAAACAAAAAAACUUGAAAGUCCACCACCAGCAUGCCCUCUGUUUCUUUCAUCUUUUGGUUUCUUUGGCACACUACUGUGCUGUUCAUUCAUUAGUGUUGGCAAAUGCAAGGAAAGAAAUUUGUCAUUGUGGAUUAGAAGUUUAGUUGAUAUAUAGGGUUUAUCCUACCAACAGAAAGAAAAAGGAAAGGAAAGAGAGAGAGAGAAAAAGAGUAGAAGCGCUUGCAGAAGAAUUUAUGAUUUUGCAUGGAUCUGUUGUUAUCACACUGGCUUCUGAAAAGUUACAGAGAAGGUACAGCAUGCGAUUUUUCACACAAUCAAUAAAACUUUGCCAGAUAUCCACUCUGGGUUGAGUCCAA